AUGCCAGGCCCUUUGCGCAAACUAGUGAUUGUCGCCGCAGUUGACGGGCUGAUCCUACAUGGGACUGGCGCUAAUGGCCUACGACACAACAAUAGCGGGAACAGUAACGAGGCAUCUUCGAUCAAGAUUGACUACAAGACAAAAAGAAUUACUGCUGUCCCUGCUUCAUCGGACGCAUCCGAAGGACAGGAUACGCUUGAAGCAUAUGGCCUUGUGGGCUUGCUGUCCGUCGCAUCCUACUCUUUUCUUGUCUCGAUCACCCAGCGCCAACAGGUUGCGCAGAUCCGGGGACAUCCCGUUUACGCAGUGACCAAUGUUGCUAUUAUCCCCGUUUCCACCAAGGAAGAUGCCGCCCGUGCGAUUGAGCACGCCCGCAAAGAGGCCUUGCAAAGUAGCCCGGACCUAGACACGGAAUCUGAAGAGGAAGACACCGAGCGGAUGGCCGAUGGAGCAGAGACGGAUAUCGGUAGUAUACCUUCAUCACCCGUUCGCGAAACACCUCAUCAGCGUGGAAUGAGCGUCGGCAGCAUCGCCGAAGAGGUUAUUGGAAAGAAGGUACGCUUCGGUAGCUUCGCGGCGAAUUGGUUGUCGCGCAAGACUCUUGGCUUGGCGCGAGCCAGUGGACCAGACCGGGAACCCCUCGAGCCUCCCCGUGAGAAGUCGCCGAGUGGGUCAUUCGAUGAUACUGGUGCGAAGGAUGACGCUACAGAGACCGCGGAGGCGGCGAUUCCCGAAGCAGUUGAGAGAAAUGCUGAGGCUGAGGUUGAUGCCGCGAUGACAGUCACGGGUGAGGUUGGUCGUCCGGCAGCUGAACAAGCUGCACAGCUUUUGCCGAAACUCCUCCGCUGGACAAAAGUGCUUUUCGCGUCUCGUAAUUUUUUCUUCUCAUACGACUAUGACUUGACCAGACCUUUUGGCAGUCAGGAGUUGCGCAACGCGCAUCAACCGCUUCACAAGAAAGUGGACCCCUUGUAUUUUUGGAACAGGCAUCUCAUGGAUGAUUUGAUCGACAAUGGCGUUCACGCAUUUGUUCUGCCCCUGGUGCAAGGUUUUGUCGGACAGCGACAAUUUACCGUGGCAGCUGCCGCGAGCAAGCCAUCUUCCACAGAAUCAACACAAGUGAAGACCGUCGAGGCUAAGGUGGUUGGUGAGGACCAAGAGAUCCAGGACGCGGUUCAGCAUGAAUACCUUCUCACUCUCAUUUCGCGUCGCUCCGUCAAUCGACCCGGCCUUCGUUACCUCCGUCGCGGGGUUGACGAUGAGGGCAACACCGCGAACACUGUUGAGACAGAACAGAUUCUCUCAGACCCAGACUGGAAUUCAUCUCGCAAUGUCCAUUCGUUCUUGCAAGUCCGAGGCUCUAUUCCGCUGUACUUUUCACAGUCUCCCUAUUCUUUCAAACCAGUGCCAAUCAUGCACCAUUCAGCCGAGGUCAAUCAUCUUGCCUUUGGCAGACACUUCCGUGAGAUGAGACGUCGGUAUGGUAAGGUUCAGGCGGUGUCUCUGAUUGACAAACACGCUGGUGAGCUGAAACUUGGAGAACAAUAUGAACAGUACACCAAGGCUUUGAAUGACUCCGGUGGCAUCGAAGGAGAGCCACUCCAGCUCGAGUGGUUUGAUUUCCACAAUGAGUGCCGAGGCAUGAAAUUCGAGAAUGUCUCGCGUUUGGUCGAUCGUGUCAAGAAUACUUUGGAACAAUUUGGAUAUGCCACUGUCAAAGAUGGCUCCCUGACUCGCACGCAGAAUGGCAUCAUACGGACCAAUUGUAUGGACUGUCUUGAUCGGACGGGUGUUGCUCAGUGUGCGUUUGGCCAAUGGGCACUGGAGCAGCAGCUACAAACCGAAGGUCUCAGCAUUGAUUUGGGUGGAGAUUCAUCUACCCAGUGGUUCAAUACUCUGUGGGCUGACAACGGUGACGCCAUCUCUAAGCAGUAUUCGUCUACCGCUGCACUGAAAGGCGACUAUACCCGCACACGGAAACGUGACUAUCGGGGCGCUCUCAACGAUUUCGGUCUCACCCUCUCACGAUACUACAACAACAUUGUCAAUGACUAUUUCUCCCAAGCUUGCAUUGACUACCUUCUUGGCAACGUGUCCACGCAUGUCUUCGAGGAAUUUGCCGUGGAACUUCAGACCACCGAUCCAGGUAUCUCCGUUGAGAAGAUUCGACAAAAUGCGAUUGACACCAGUUGCAAGAUUGUCAUCAGCAGUCCGUCAGAAGAAUUCCUCGGAGGGUGGACGAUGCUGACCCCUCGGCAACCAAACACUUUACGCACACUUCCAUUUGAAGAGUCCGUCCUUCUUCUCACGGACGCGGCGGUCUACAGCUGCCGCUUCGACUGGGAGACCGACAAGGUACUCUCUUUCGCGCGCAUCGACCUCCGUUCCAUUUCGCACAUUCAUUACGGUACAUACAUCACCUCCAUCUUGACCGACAGUCAGUCCGACGAACGAAGCAACGUCGGCUUGGUCAUCAUCUACCGGGACGGCGAGGAAAACGCCCUACGCGUCAACACUCGCUCUUUACAAUCCAACGUCCAACCCGCUAUGCUCGAAGCAUCCGCGAAUAACGAAUGGGAUCUCAUCUCCUGGAUCCGCGGGACCAAGCGUUCCUCAUCUCGCUUCGUUGCGUUCAAGUCCCUACCUGCAAAGGCUGUCUCGACUAAUCCACGUCUGGGUUCUACCUCCGGGACUGUGAACGUGCGUGAGCUCGACCGGGUACGAUCCAUCUGUUUGGAGAUUGAACGGGCCAUGAUGACCGGGGAUGGCCAGAAUAAGGACGCUGCAUCAGUCGUCGAGCAAUCGGACAUUAUUUCGUUGGAGGAAGCCAAGAAACGGACUGGUCUUCUGGAACAUCUGGUAUAUGAUAUUAAAAAGAUGGUUUGGGCCUGA